AUGCCUGAAAACAGCUCUAGCGGAAGCAGCGACACCGGCAGUGACAGUAGUGGCAGUGAUACAGACGCUGUUUGUGAAUAUUCUGGAGGGCGUGAAGGUAGGAAAAGACCGUCCAGUGAAAACCUGAGACUAUUAAAAGAGAUGUCUGAUAACCUAGAAUAUUCCAUAAAGCCCCGUAAAAUCCCCACCCCUCCGCGAUCUCCUCAAAUUGUUCAAUCACCACACCCAGUGACACAUCCGAUCGACAAUUUUGAUCUCAUUAAUAAUUCGCUCCAGGUUCUAAAUUCUGAUGAAAUAGCCGUAGUUAACGCUCUGCUGGAGCUUUUGAAGAAUACCUCUUCUGAGGCCAAAACAUCUUCAGGCCCAUCACAACAACCUAAUGUCCUAGACACGAAUGUAAAAACCCCACAAAUUUCUACCUCGGGGGUGUCAGGGUCCUCAUGCUCCUCUGGUGCAAGUAGAUCCCCACUUCAACACUUUCCUGACAGCGAACCGGUAAUGCAGCCUUCUACCUCAAGGUGCAGCAAGGUCCAUCUUCAACACUCACCUGCUGAUGACUUAACAGGGGCAGAUAAUUCAAAUCCUCAGACAGGAUCCGGAGUGACUAAUCCGUCCGGGGUAAAUUCGACUCUCGAAGCCGACUCUCCACAGCCAUCUACCUCACAUACGGACAAUCCUUCAUCUCCAGACCCGUCAGUAAGCUCCCCGUAG